AAACACCACAAAAGAAAAACUCACCCCACUCAUUGAAAACUUAAAUAUUUAAUUAAGAAACAUUUCGUAAAUUAUUUAAGCUUCAGAGAAAGCAUUGUGCAACAUAAUUGCAGCAGCUUAAGACAUUUUCAACUCAAAAGUGAUUUUUGUGCAGCCAAAAGGACCUUAGAUUGCAGCGGAUCAAUAAAGCUAAAGGGGCAGCAAAACAAAGACAAAACAAAAAACAAAAGAAAACUGAGAACGCAGCAAAGAGACGUCGCAGCGUACAAAAGGGAAUAAAUAAAUAAGACUGAGCAACAUAAAUAAGACGCAUAGACAACAUCACUAAGCAAUCUCUAGCAAGCGCACAAACAUAUUGAUCUCAACUCGAUAAGCAAUAUCAACAACAAUCAAACAAACGAUCAAUCAAUCAAUCAAUCAAUCAAGCAAGCAAUCAAGGAAGACCAAUCGAUAGCCAGCUCCAAACGCUCUCUAUCUCGUAUAAUGUUUAGCAGUCUUGCAACGUUUCUAUUUGGAGCGCAACCCACGUCUGAGUCAACGCAAAGCCAACCGAAUCCUGUCCAGAUCAAUCCCAGCGAAUCGGGCAACGAGCAGGCAGCAGCAGCAGCUGGAGAUGUAAUCGAGGUGACAUCCUCAACUCCAUCCGUAGCGGGCAAUCAGCGUGGACCGUUACGGCUGAGCAACAGCGGCAAGCGUGGCGGCGCCAAGAAUAGGCGUGCCAAGCAGCGCCAACUGCAACAACAACAACAACAACAACAGCAGCAGCAGCAGGGCGGACAACGCAAGCAGCCGGCGACGCUAACGAAGCUGCUAACACCCAACGGCGAGUGCGUCAUCGAGGACGACAUCAAUGAGGACGAAUGGUACAUAGUGGAGAAGGAGGAUGAGGAGAACGACUCGCUGCCACGCAGCGACUCUGAGGAGGAGUUGACCGGGGCAAGGGCUGCAGCUGCCCCAGCUGCUGCUCCUUCGGCCGCCGCUCGUCGUCGCCAGCACAUCAAUUCGCAUUCCUUGUAUAGUGGACCACGUCCGCAGCAGCAGCGCAACUACUUGCAACGCACGCGUGCCGCUGGCCGCACGCUCAGCGUCUCCACUCUAAGCCCGCCACGCAGUGUGCCAGCCAAUGAGUUGGGCAGCGAUACGUCGGCUGUCAGUCAGUCGCUAUACGCACCUGUCGUCGCAGCUGUCUCGCCCAGCGGCAGCGAGAGUAGCUCCAGCAGCGGUAGCUCUGGCGCCGGCCUGCUGAUGGAGGAGUCCUGGUACGUAACACCGCCACCAUGCUUCACCUCGAUUGGGCCAAUCAAUAUGGAAGCAUCACCCUUUGAGAAUCUAUUGAUUGAGCAUCCAAGCAUGUCGGUUUACCAUAGUAUUAGGUCCAGCCAGGCGGGCACUGAAAGUUUUGUUAAUCUUGAUCUCGGCUCAGCGGUGGAACCAGAACCAGAGCCAGAGCCAGUCCAGGUGGCUGCAGCUGGGGCGGUGCAACCGCCGCGCAGCCACAGCGCACGCUUCGAUCGUCAUGCGGCGGUUGAGCUGAAGCAGCAGACGUUGGCUCGUCAAAGCCAGAAGAGCUACAAUAAGAAGCAGCAUCAGCAGCUGUGCCGCAGCGCCAUUAAGCGCGCCAACAAGGUGCGCGACUUCCAGGCCAAGGGUCAGCGUCCGCGUCGCUCAGACAUGCAGCACUGCAAGCUGGUUAGCGGUGCCAACAACAAUCGCAAGUGCUGCUAGUGGAUGACAACUGAACCAUACACACACACACCCCUCUCCUCCAUCCAAGGCUCUCUCUACAUAAUCUAACAUGGCAAACAAAAAAGCAACGCGCUUUGGCAAGGCGCAAAAGAAUUUUAAUUAGUAUUUUAAAUUGC